GGCAGUACCAGUACUACGGCGUGGGCAUGCUCUCGCAGCACGACCCGUUUCCCGAGCACCAGAAGGCGUUCCUGGGCAACAAGAAAAAAGCCAAGGAGAAGAGGGCCAUGGAGCGCAAGAAGGCCAAGCUAAAGAGGAUCAAGGUGGAGCCUGAUUAUGAUGACGACUCAUUCAACCAGGACAACUCUGAGGGGGAGGCUGCCAGCCUGGAUGACUCGCGCCGCAGCCCGGACAGCAUGUGCGGGGACGGGCCGGGUCCCAACAGCGUGGCCGGUGGAGGGUCGCGACCCCACGGCCGCAAGAAGAGCGCCGCGGCCCACGAGGCCUCCAUGAACCUGAAGCGUCGCCGCCUCUGGGUGGCUCUCUCCAAGAAGGAGAUUGCGAGGGCACAGAAGCAGAAAGCGAACGUCCACAAAGAGAUGCUCACGAACGCAAAAAAGUUGGCAGUGGCGUGCCAGCGGGAGGUGCGACGCUCGGCGCUGGGCUCCCAGAAGACUGGGCGGGACGUGGCCGGGGGCCGUGGCCGCAGGCUGGCCCGCGAGAUGUCCCUCUACUGGAAGCGCUACGAGAAGGUCGAGAAGGAGCACCGCAAGAGGGCCGAGCGCGAGGCCCAGGAGCAGCUUCGCAUGGACAUUGAGCUGCGUGAGGCCAAGAGGCAACAGCGCAAGCUGAACUUCCUCAUCACGCAGACGGAGCUGUACGCUCAUUUCAUGAGCCGCAAGAUAUCUGGCGGGGGCCCCGAUCUCCGUCAGGACGAGAUUCUUCAGAACCUUGACGAGUCAGCAUCGUGUUCUCGCUCCAGCUCACUCCUGGACGCAGAGGAUGAUGAUUACGAUAAGGAAGUCGUGAAGGCGCAGGCUUUGCACAAUGCAGAGGAAGCAUACAGGGCACACCAGGCUAAGACCGAAGGAUUUGAUGCGGAGGUCAAGUCUCUGAAGGCGCCGACGAGGAAGGUAGCGUCGACGCAGAACGAUCUGAAUGAUGACUUCAGAGUGACGGCUGACCCGAACCUGGCCACGGAAGACCUCUCACAGCCGCACAUGUUUGAAGGAAAGCUAAAGAGCUAUCAACUCAAGGGCAUGAACUGGUUGUACAGCCUCUACGACAAGGGCAUAAACGGAAUCCUUGCCGACGAAAUGGGCCUCGGCAAGACUGUACAGACCAUCGCCUUCCUGGCCGCACUGGCUGAGGUUCAGAACAUCUGGGGUCCAUUCCUAGUCAUUGCCCCGGCGUCCACGUUGCACAAUUGGCAGCAGGAACUGACCAAGUUUGUUCCCAGGUUCAGGGUGGUGCCGUACUGCAACACGAGCGACCGGAAGGUGCUGCGCCAGUUCUGGAACGGCAUGCACCAGCUGGGCGCGGAGCGGGCCUCGUUCCACGUGGUGGUCACCUCGUACCAGCUGGUGGUGCAGGACGUCAAGUACUUCCAGCGCAUCCACUGGCAGUACAUGCUUGAUGAGGCACAGGCCAUCAAGAGCACCUCCAGUGUCCGGUGGAAGAUCCUGCUGUCGUUCCACUGCCGCAACCGUCUACUCCUCACGGGUACACCGAUCCAGAACACCAUGGCCGAGCUGUGGGCGCUGCUCCACUUCAUCAUGCCAACGCUGUUCGACUCGCACGAGGAGUUCAACGAGUGGUUCUCGCGGGACAUCGAGAGCCACGCCGAGAACAAGUCCACCAUCGACGAGAAGCACCUGUCGCGCCUGCACAUGAUCCUCAAGCCCUUCAUGCUGCGCCGCAUCAAGAAGGACGUCGAGAACGAGCUCUCGGACAAGAUUGAGGUGCAGGUGUACUGCUGGCUGGCGCAGCGCCAGAAGGCCCUCUACCAGGGCCUCCGCAACAAGAUCUCCAUCGAGGACCUGAUGCAGUCGUCGGGCGCCGCCUCCUCUCAGGCGCAGUCGGCCACCUCCUCGCUCAUGAACCUCGUCAUGCAGUUCCGAAAGGUCUGCAACCAUCCUGACCUGUUCGAGAGGAGAGAGGUCCGGUCCCCGUACCACAUGAAGGGCUCCACAUUCGAGCUGUCUCGAUUUCUGUUCUCUCAAGGUGUCCUGAGUGGCUGGAACGAUCACCACAGCCGGUGGUGGCCCAAUGUCUUCCACCCGAGCCACGUACACCACUCCAUCUUCAAGCAGGCAGAGGGACGGCCCGCGAGCGGCUUCUCGUUCUGCCGGUUUGUCGGCCUGUCCCCCGCAGAACUUGCCAAGGUCAUGCUGUGUAGCCUGCUGGAGAGGUUUCUAGCCAUCGUGAAAGAACUCAAGGAGGCACAGCGAAGGCAUCACUGCUAUGUCUGGCACAGGGAUGACAAGGACUCCAGGUGAGGUCUUUGUUUUCUA